UCUUUACCAUUCACCAAGACAGCAAAAAAAAGAUGUCGACAGUUUCACCCUCCUCGCAACUUGUUCAGGUAGUUCCAGACAGCCACAGCAGCACUGGUGACUCCUCUGCUAAGGUCAAGUACGAAGAUCUUGUCCGCACUGAUGAACUUCAAAUUGGGUCUGUGGUAGAAGGAGUGAUUGAUGGGAAGGUUGAAGGUGGAUACCUAGUGACGGUGAAAUUCGGUUCUCAAGUGCUGAAAGGAAGGCUUUACCAUUGUGCUAAAAGGCCCAAAUGCCAGCCCCAAGAAACCAUGGGAACACCACCUUCAGGCAUGCCACCAGCAUCGCAACGCCCAGCUAAGAAGAAAGCAAGAAGAGUGAAGACUAUUGUAGUUGAUUCUCCGGAGCACAUAUGCCACAGGGAUGGCUACAACUUCUUCUUCCCUGGGCAGUACGCUUGGGACAAACCUGAGUACCAUGGCAAAGAAAGGAUCAUCACCAAGAUGAUUGGUCGCACCGAGUCUGAGAAACUGGUUUAUCAAGACAAAGGAUUUAAGGAUGUGGAGAGGUAGAUGCUGGAGUACUACAAGUCUGCACAUGAAACAGGAGCAUCUGCUUCUGCUGCAGCAGCCACCGUGGCUCAGUAGUCUUCUUUUUCUCCUGUUAUGUUGUUGUCUUCUUUCUUCAUAACAUUUAUCUUUCUUUCUUUCUCUGGACAAGUUCUCUUUCUUUUAUAAUGGAUAUUUUAUAUC